GGUCAAGCACCUGUACGUUGACGAGUUUUGUUUCAUCGGUUCAUCGAUUGAUAACCGAAAAAACGGUUCACCUUAACCGUCUCCAAUCAUCCCUGCUAAACCAUUCAAACCCAAAAAAACUCAUGAUUCAUCAACCACCAUCAUCAUCAAACCUCGAAUCUCUUCAAACCUUAUCAUCACCAAAACUUCAAAAUCGAAGCUAUGGAGUCAUACAAAACCCUAGAAAUCGUUCGCAAGAACACAGAUUCAUCCGUGUUUCACCUCAUCCUCAACAGACCAUCACAGCUCAACGCUUUAUCCCUCGAUUUCUUCUUCGAAUUCCCCAAAGCUCUAACAUCCCUCGACCAAAACCCAGAUGUUGCCGUCAUCAUCCUUUCCGGCGCCGGGAAACACUUCUGCUCCGGAAUCGAUCUCAGUUCCCUCUCUUCAAUCUCCGAACGAUCCGCGUCAGGCGAAAAAGGACGCUCGAGCGAGCGGUUACGCCGAAGGAUCAAAUCGAUGCAAGCGGCGAUCACCGCCGUUGAACAUUGCCGGAAACCUGUCAUCGCCGCUAUAAACGGCGCGUGUAUCGGAGGCGGUGUUGAUUUGAUCACCGCUUGUGAUAUUAGGUAUUGCUCUGAGGACGCUUUCUUCGCGAUCAAGGAGGUUGAUCUCGCGAUCGUCGCGGAUUUAGGUACGCUCCAGCGAUUGCCGAGCAUCGUCGGACACGCAAACGCCAUGGAUUUGGCUUUAACGGCUCGACGAUUCUCUGGACGUGAAGCGAAGGAUCUUGGUCUUGUUUCUCAGGUCUUUGGAUCUAAGUCAGAUCUUGAUAAAGGCGUCACGACGAUCGCCGAAGGAAUGGCAGCGAAGUCUCCUUUAGCUUUGACAGGGACAAAGGAAGUGUUGUUAAGAAGCAGAGAGAUGAGUGUAGAACAAGGCCUUGACUACGUAGCAACUUGGAACUCUGCAAUGCUUAUAUCAGAUGAUCUCAACGAAGCUGUCUCUGCUCAGAUAAUGAAAAGACAACCUCGUUUUGCAAAACUGUGACAAGAGUCUCUGUUGUGUUCUUGUCUGCCUAAAGACAACAAAACAAUAAGGUCUUUCCUUGGAAGAACUUUCUCACUUUGUUAUAUAGUUUCUACAACGCUCAAAUAAGGUUUGAAGAAAUAUAUCAUAGUCCAUGAUCUACUUUGAUCAAGACAUAUAUUCAAGUAUAAGUUGAUAUUUAUAAAACAUACAAAAACGUUUCUUUAAUACAA